CCCUGCUUACUUUCUCCAACUCACCGCGGACGCACCUGGCUCUGGCGAUCCCUCCCGGCUGCACGUCAACCCCUUGACUCUGCCUUGCCCCUGCGGAGACUACAUUCUUUGCUAACUUAUCGCGAGUUCUAUCCUGCUACCACAAUGGGUCUCAUUAUACCCGUGCUCGGUCUUGUGGCCGCGUACUACGUCUGGCUGCACCUGAACCAGCCGAAGAAGGCACUUCCGCCUGGCCCGAAGCCGCUUCCCGUAAUCGGCAACAUCACAAACCUGACAGCGCAGGAGCUGUGGCUGCGCGCGUCGGAGUGGGCGAAGAGCUAUGUUGAUGUUGUGUACUUGCACGUCUUUGGCCAGGGCCUCGUGUUCCUCAACGACUACGACACUGCAGUCGACCUGCUCGAGAAGCGUGGCGCCAUCUACUCUGACAAGCCCGGCCUCAUUAUGGCAGGCGACCUAUGCGGAUGCGAGAACAUGGUCGCCUUCGCUCGAUACGGAGACAAAUCCCGCCGCCAGCGCCGCCUCAUGCAGCAAGCGCUCGGCGUGAACAGCAUCCGCGCGUACCAGCCGCUCCUCGAGGUAGAGACGCAGGAUCUCCUCAAGCGGCUCCUGCGCGACCCCGAGGACUAUGUUGGUAACCUGCGCCGCUACGCGGGCGGCCUCACCCUCAACACGCUCUAUGGCUACCACGCCUCCGCGAACGACGACAGGUUCCUCACGCUCGCUGACGAGUGUGUGGACAUCCUGUCCAACCGCAUCGCGUCUGGAGGUGGUAUUUGGCCCGUGGAUAUAUUCCCUUUCUUGCAACGUCUCCCGGAUUGGUUUCCUGGCGCGGGCUUCAAGCGCAAAGCUGCGGUCUGGAAAAUAAAGAUGGAAGAGUUCGUGGACAAACCUUAUGAAUACGUGAAGGACCGCAUGCGCGAUGGGACGGCAGUUCCCUGCUUCUCCACGACGCUCCUGCAGGUGGAGCGUUGUGAAGAAGAGGAGUUUGACAUCCGCUGGACGGCGAACUCUAUGUACUCUGUCAGUAUCGACACCACGAUAACAGCUCUUUCACACUUCAUCCUCGCGAUGGUACAGCACCCCGAGGUGCUCGCGAAGGCACAGGAUGAGAUAGAUCGUGUUAUCGACCCUGGCCGGCUGCCCACGUUCGCCGACCGGCCGUCGCUGCCCUACAUCGAGUGCGUGAUGAGCGAGGUGCUCCGGUGGGGCGUGCCCGUGCCGCUCAGCCUGCCGCACCGCCUGAUGGAGGACGACGUGUACAACGGCAUGCACAUUCCCAAGGGCUCGCUCGUGUUCGGCAAUGUCUGGAACAUGGUGCGCAACCCGACGCUCUUCCCGGACCCGGACGCAUUCGUCCCGGAGCGGUACCUCGCGCCCGCGGACGAGGCGGCGGCACGGCGGCGCGACCCACGCAACUACGUGUUCGGUUUUGGGCGGCGGCGGUGCCCAGGGAUGCACCUGAUCGAGCAGUCGCUGUGGAUCGUCAUGGCGAGCAUGGUGGCGACGUUGGAUAUCGUCAAGGCGCGCGAUGCAGCGGGGUGCGAGGUGGAGCCCGAGGUGCAGUUCGACAAUGCGGUGUUCCGCACGCCACGGCCGUUCCGCUGCGACAUUCGCCCGCGCUCGAAGCAGGCGCUCCGCAUUGUGCGCCAGGCGGCGGACGUGGCUGCGUGAGUGUGUGGAU